AUGAAUUACAAGGUUAAUGAGAACCUGGGUCAGACAGAUUGUACCACGGACAACAUUACUCAUACCAAAUGCGGUCAUGUGCUUAGUGAAUACAACAGCUUGACCAACAAUGAACCUGAUCAGUUUGUCACUCCACACAAUCAAAUAUCUUUAAAUCAAUUGGAAACCGAAAAUAAUGUUAAUACAAGUUCAGAAGCACGGGAGCUGACCGCCCAAUACGAGACCAUUACCACCUCGCUCAAAACUCAAUAUAAUCAAAAAAUGAACGAGCUGUUCGCUGACCAUGGCAAAUUCUACGAACACGAUCACCUGGACACAUUGAACAACACUAUACUCUAUUCGUUAGUCAAUGACUUAACUGAGACAGACGUGGGCUCGGAUGCCGUGCCCAUUGAACCCUACAAACAGGCGUUGUACACAUACGUGAGGGACAAGUAUCGGGGCUAUAGUGAGAUCAACCGUUUGCUGUGGAUCACAACCAUAUUGAAUAAUUUGGACAAACAAUACGAGCACGAGUUGAACGCCUGGAUAGAGUCCGUGGCAACCGAUGCCGACGACGAGCCCCGAUAUGUGGACGAGAGUCGACUCAUUCGCACCCGUAUUGUGUCGGAAAAUAGCCUCAUUUAUGGCGAGCGGCUGGACCUCCAGGCGCUGAACGCCCGGUUUGACGCCACACACGAUCGCUUACGCCGGGCAUUAGCCGACUCGGAGUACGGCCGGUACCGGGCUAUCGAUACUAUUGUCGAGCGGGCCAUACAGUUGUAUAAGCGAGAGAUGGACAGGGAUUCCGAAUACUGGCCGGGCAUACGGCCCGACCGGUUGGACGAGAUUAAUGAUGAGCUAAUGAUGGAGGCGGUGACCCGGUUCAGUAUCGACCAUAGUCAUAUGUCUUUGGACACAUACACCGGCUUGGUUCGCAAUAAAUUACAGCUGGCCUACGAUACUGUAAUGAGCGCACCCACCGGUCCGGCUGUUGACCUUCAUGUGAAAAGCGUAAACAUAUAUAUGGUGGAAAGAUCAAUCGAGUUAACCACGAAGAAAUAUCGGGAAAUAUUUGACCGGAUAUUGAAACUAAAAUAUUACACGCCCUCCGAUUUGAAGUGCAUUCACUCCAUAUUAAAGUUUGAAUGCAUUGCAACUCUAAAUUACACGGAAAGAACUUUUGGCUUAAACUGUAAUAUUGGGGCAGAUAUUGUCGAUAAUUGGUUAUGCCGUCUCCCACAUGUUGAGUCGGCUGAGGGCGACGGCAUUGGCAUCGAUGAAACACCCGUUGCGAUCGAUGAAGAGGCCGUCCGUGAGUUUCGCCAAUUGGUGGCCGAUAUCGGGCGCCGACUCACAGACUGUCAGACAAUUGCAACCAAAAAGCGUAUACUUUAUGCAAAACUCAAGAAUUGCGACGAAAUUGUGGCCACAGAUGGACAACGAGUAGAGGAACAGCGGAUUGAGUUGUUUAAAAUGAUCGACACGUUU